AUUCAUAGUGCUUUCUGUAACUGAACGCAGAGCAGUGCAACAGUCAACGCAACAGACAACCGACCGGCAUCUCAUACAAAACAACAAGAACAACCCAACUAAAUCUCAUCAAUUAUUCUAAAGAAAAUAAAACGAUUUUUUCAAAUAGAAAAAAUUAAAAGACAACAGAUUUAGUGUGAAAGGAACAAUACUUUGAAGUGAAAAAGUGCUGUACCAAUCAAAAUACAAAACAACAAAAAAACUUUUGUUUUAAAAUUGUGAUAUUUUUUCUUAAGAGAAAAAUAGUUAAAUCUUUGUUAUUACAAAGAUUUUUAAAAAAAGUAAACAAAUUUUGCUGAAGUUCAAACAAACGAAAACAGUGCACAUUUUAAGCAUGAAGUUCCAAUUAGUCAUAUUAUCCGUCCUCUUGGUGAGCGCUUUUGCUCUGCCCGUGCCGGAUGAAGAAGUAGCUGCCGCUCCCGUCGUUGCUGAUUCGGCUGUGGUGCCCGAAGUUAAACCUGAGGUGGUACAAAUUGAAGAAGUCAAACCCGAAGUUAAAGUAGCAGCUGAAUCAAGAACACUUGAGGAAGAAAAGAAACCAGAAGCCGAAGCUGCUGCUCCUUUGGCUGAGGCUCCCGCCACCGAUGCUCCUGCUAAAAUCGAAGAACCCAAGAAGGAGGAAGAAAAGAAAGAAGAAUUGCCAGCUGCUGAGGAAAAGAAAGCCGAAUUACCCGCUGCUGCCGCUGCUGAAAAACAAACCCGCAGUGAUGAUGUUGUAGAGGAAGCCAAGGCCUUGCCCGUUGUUGCUGCUGCCCCAGCUGCUGUUGCCGUUGAGGAAGUCAAACCUGCUGCUGCCGAAGAAUCCAAACCCGCUGUACAAGACGUUGUUCCCGAAGGCAAAUCUGGUUUGGUCUCCGAACAAAAGAAAGACGAAUUGACCGCCGCUGAAGCCACCCCCGAAAUCAAGGAAGAAAAGAAGCCCGAAGAAUUGCCUGCUGCUGAGGAAAAGAAAGCCGAAGAAUUGCCUGCCCGCCAAGAACGUACCAGCGAUGAGAAACCAGCUGUUGAAGCCGUUGCCGCUGCUGCUCCCGCCGUUGCCGAAGUUGCUGCCCCCGAAGCUGUAGCCCAACCCGAAGUCAAAGCCUUGCCCGUUGAAGCUGCUGAAGCCAAGGCCGAAGAACCCAAAGCCGCUGAAACUGUAGCUGAAGCUGUCAAGGCCUUGGAAACCCCUGCCGAAAAGAAGGCCGAAGAACCAGCUGCCCCCGCCGCUGCUGCUGAAGAAAGCCCCAAAGCCCAAGAAUCCAAAGUAGCUGAACCCAAGCAACUCGACGCUGAAGCUGAACCCGCCAAGGCUAAUGCUGCUGAACCCGCCAAGGCCGAAGAGGCCGAGAAGAAACCCGAAGAACAACAGGCCCCCAAGAAAUUGGAAGACAACUCGGCCACCACCGAAGAAGAGAAAUCCAAUGAAAGCAAAAAACCCGAAGCCGAGUCAAAAGAAUCCAAGGAAUCCGAAGAGUCAAAAGAAUCUGAAGAAUCUAAAGAAGACAAGUCCAAUUAGAUUGUAGCAUAUAAAUAUAUCUAGAAAUACAACAAUUAAAAAUAAAGAAACGCUUAAGGUUCACUUAUAAUUUAAAAGUAAA